UUUUAUUGCAGAGUGGUAGUGACAAGUAUAUCAAACUAACGUACUAGUAAUUUGUAUAUAAAGUAAAUCAUUUUCACCGAGGGACUAACUGAUUUUAAUCACAGAUAUCAUGCAUGAAUAGGGCAGUAUAGACGCAUAACAUUUUAAAUGGGAAAUACGAUAUGUGGUUUAAAAAAAAAGAGAAAAAAAAACGUGUAGAAUUUGACCCUUUGUUAUAACGUGUUUGUAUUUUAUCGUAUGUUUUAAAACUAUACACAUUUGUAUAUUAUAAAAAAGACUGAUUUAUUCGGAUAAAGGUUUAUAUUAUGAAGUAUCGAAGAUAUCUUGUGUAUGGACUGUUUUUGCUGUGUUUCACGAAGAUAUUUUAUGUAUUACUUGAUGGUAUAGUAAGAGGGGACGAGGUUCAUAGUGUUCAACGGUCAUUAUUUCUCCUUGAACAUAAAUAUGAUAUUGUCAACACCAGUCCAAAUGACGAACCAACCGGUAUUUCAAAGAGACCAGAAAGGAUAAGAAAUUAUUGUAAAACACUGGAUGUUGAUACAAUUAACAACUCUAUCACACCAUCCGUAUUAAGCGUGUAUCACUAUCACAACAGAUCAAAUAUAUGCACGUGUCAUGUUCCAAAAGCUGCCAGUACGUCUAUUAUCAGGUCACUCCUUCUGUUAGAAUACCCAGAAAAAGCUGACGUAUUUAGUGCAUUACCCGGACACCGGUUACAUUUACUGAAAGAAGUCCGGAACAUGUCGGCUGACGCGUGCAUCCAGAAUUCUAUGACGUCAUUUUUUGUUACAAGGGACCCAUAUACCCGUUUGUACUCCGCUUAUAUUGACAAAAUCUACCUUAGAAAAUUCCAUAAAACAGCGGUAUAUAUAGAUGCCGCACUCAACAAAAAGAUGCCCAAAGAAAUACUAAAAGAAUUGAGGCACAACACAGGGAAAAGUUUUAGAAAAUGGUACUGUAAAAUGACCGAUAUAAGUUUUGAGCAAUUCCUUAAAUUCGUGACGUCUUCACAAGUUCUUGACACCCAUUUUGCCCCAAUAUCACUGCUCUGCGAUCCUUGUAAGCAACGCUAUGACGUCAUACUUAAACAAGAAAAUCUCAAAGAUGAUUUAGACUAUCUAUUCGGAAAAAUAUAUCAUGAAAACUAUACGGGUAAAGAAGUUCAUACCGUACAGGACUAUACGGGACAAUCCGGGAUAGAAAGUCAAAUACUUACAUAUUAUACACACUGGAAACAAUGGGUGUCGAAACACGACUGCUUUCUGGACAGGGAAUUAUAUGAUUCCAUAAACCAUCGUUUAUGGAACGGUUUAAAACUUCUCGGAAGUAUUGACAGAAAUUUAGAAUUUAUUGAUGAGCUUUUUCGAGGCCCCAUUGGUGAUAAACUUAAAAUCAGAACACCAGACAGCAUAUUCUAUGAAUUCAAAAUGAACAAUGUGCCAUAUCUGAACACGGAACAACGUGAAAAACAAAGAAAGGAGUUUCUAUUGAAAGCCUACCGAGAUGUGGAUAAAACAGUGUUAGAAAGAGUACAAAAGUUAUUUCAGUUAGAUUUUGCCUUAUUUGACUACGAUCCCAAUCCUCCCGGAUGGCAUUUAUAAAGGUUCAACCUUCCGGAAUAUUUCGGAUAUUUCUUUAAAAAAUGAAUUAUUUAUUUUAUUUCAAACGAUUCCCUCAGGCAGCCUGUUGACAUCAUGAGGUUACUAUACACUGUUGAAUCUAUGACGUUUCUGACACAAUUAUAUUGGGCGAGGUACUUGCCGAGUCCAAUAUAGGUUUUUGUAACUGUGAACGAAUCCAGUAGAACCAGUAUUGUACUCAUCAAUGUAUAAUGAUCGAUAUCUUUUUUCACACCGCCAAAUUUUCACAUUUUUAAAGAACUUUGUUACUUCGAGUAAAAUAAGGAUUUGAUAUGAAAUUUUGGACUCUUAAAAUGAGAGCGAGGCUAGACAGAGUGCAUCAGUUAUUUGAUAUUGAUGUUUUGAA